AUGUCGACGUUUGCUUUGUCUCAAUCUGCUGCUUUCCAAGAAGCAGUUGAUGCUGUUAGGUCAAAGCGUUUAUCAGUGCGUCAAGCAGCAAAGACCUAUGGCUGUGCUACAACUCUUUACAGCCACGUCCGUGUUGUUAAACACCAGCAAACUGGCAGGCCUACCACGCUUUCAGAGCUAGAAGAGAAGGUAGUGGUUCGUGCAUGCAUAGCUCUAGGAACAUUUGGCUACCCAGCUACACGUGACCUGGUUGGGUGUGUGCUCAAGCAAUAUCUAGCAGAUGUUGGUUGUCAAAGCUCUUUUCCAUCAGGCGAGCCAUCAAAGAAGUGGUGGAGUGCUUUCUUCAAACGCUGGCCAGAACUAACUGAGAGAAAACCCCAGCAUCUAACAAUCCAACGAGCCAAGUGUUGCACACCUGAAGUUAUCGAUGGUUUCUUCACAAAACUGGAGGAAGUACUGAGGGAUGAAGGUUUGCUAGACCUAAAGUACAGUGACCUUGCAGCUCGCCUAUGGAACUGUGAUGAAACAGGUCUUUCCACUUCUGUAACUUCUACAAAAGUCAUUGUCAGAAGAGGAGACAAGCACGUUGUUAAAGUAGGCAGUGGAUCCGGCAGAGAGAAUAUUACAGUGCUAGCCUGUGGAUCAGCAGUGGGGGGAAAGCUUCCUCCCUGUGUUGUGUAUAAAGCUAAGACAGCUGAUCCAGCAUGGAUGGAAAAUGGCCCCAUUGGAACAAGAUAUACCAGCAGUGACUCUGGAUGGAUGGAAGAAGCACAAUUCACAGAAUUGUUUUGCUCUGUCUUUCUGCCAGCUACAGAAUCAGUGCGCAAGUCUCUGCCUGUGAUACUUAUUCUAGAUGGUCAUGGCUCACACAUCUCACUGAAAGUAGUAACAUGUGCCAGGGAAAACAACACAAUUAUAUUUUGCUUACCACCACACACAACGCACAUUCUACAGCCCUUAGAUGUGAGUGUCUUUCGAACUGUCAAGAGAGCCUGGAGUCAAAUCCUAAAAAUCUACAAAACUGAAACAUGUCAGGCAGUAGUCACAAAAAAAUCCUUUCCUUCUCUACUAAAGAAAUUAUGGGAAAAUAGUGUUUUCCCUGAGCAUUUGGUCAGUGGCUUUCGAGCAACAGGUAUUCAUCCUCUAAACAGAGAAGUUAUUGCACAUGGUGCACUUAACCCAUCAAUGCCUUACACGAAAUGCAGCUAUGAUCGCCUGACAACAGCAACACCAAUCACAGAAAAAAUAACAUCCAUCUUCAAGGAGCAUUUUCAAGCCAAGCUCACUAAGCCUGCCUCUAAGAGUGGAAGACUUCAGCUCAAUUAUUACGGAGAAUCAGUGACUAGCGAAGAAGCCGUACAUCGCCUCAGAGAAAGAGAACGUCAAAAGAAAGAAAGAAAGAAGAAACGAAGGAAUGCCGAAGUUUACUUAGCUUUGCCCCUUAGCAGUAGUCAAGAAAAUCUGUGCCAGGGAUGUGGUAAGGACUAUGAAAACGAUACCACAGAUGAUCAGCAGUGCUGGAUAGGCUAUGAUAAAGCAGACUGCAGAAGGUGGUACCACUACUGGUGA